AUUGGGGCUGUCAGGCCGCGGUGCGCGCGGAGGGCCGGGCGGGCGGGACGGAGGCCGGCAGGCCGGGGCAGCGGGCGUGCAGCUCGGCGGGAGGCGGGCGCCCGGAGACGCGGCUGGGGCCCGCGCGGCCGGGGCGCCGUCCCAGGGCAGGGCUGCCCGGCCCCGGCCCCGGGCCGCCCGCGCUCCCCAUGAAAAACCAGCUCCGCGGCCCCACAGCGCGGGCGCACAUGUCGACUUCGGGGGCGGCGGCGGCUGGGGGCACCCGGGCGGGGUCCGAGCCCGGUGCGGGGUCGGGGUCCAGCGCAGGCACCGGGGCGGGCGCGGCGACGGGAGCAGGGGCCAUGCCCUGCAAGAGCGCCGAGUGGCUGCAGGAGGAGCUGGAGGCGCGCGGCGGCGCGUCCCUGCUGCUGCUGGACUGCCGGCCGCACGAGCUCUUCGAGUCGUCGCACAUCGAGACGGCCAUCAACCUGGCCAUCCCGGGCCUCAUGUUGCGCCGUUUGCGCAAGGGCAACCUGCCCAUCCGCUCCAUCAUCCCCAACCACGCCGACAAGGAGCGCUUCGCCACGCGCUGCAAGGCGGCCACCGUGCUGCUCUACGACGAGGCCACGGCCGAGUGGCAGCCCGAGCCCGGCGCUCCCGCCUCGGUGCUUGGCCUGCUCCUGCAGAAGCUGCGCGACGACGGCUGCCAGGCCUACUACCUCCAAGGUGGUUUCAACAAGUUUCAGACAGAGUACUCUGAGCACUGCGAGACCAAUGUGGACAGCUCUUCCUCGCCGAGCAGCUCACCACCCACCUCAGUGCUGGGCCUGGGGGGCCUGCGCAUCAGCUCUGACUGCUCUGACGGCGAGUCGGACCGAGAGCUGCCCAGCAGUGCCACCGAGUCGGACGGCAGCCCUGUGCCAUCCAGCCAACCAGCCUUCCCUGUCCAGAUCCUGCCCUACCUCUACCUCGGCUGCGCCAAGGACUCCACCAACCUGGACGUGCUCGGCAAGUACGGCAUCAAGUAUAUCCUCAAUGUCACGCCCAACCUGCCCAACGCCUUCGAGCACGGCGGCGAGUUCACCUACAAGCAGAUCCCCAUCUCUGACCACUGGAGCCAGAACCUCUCCCAGUUCUUCCCUGAGGCCAUCAGCUUCAUUGACGAAGCCCGCUCCAAGAAAUGUGGCGUCCUGGUGCACUGCCUGGCAGGCAUCAGCCGCUCAGUGACGGUCACUGUGGCCUAUCUCAUGCAGAAGAUGAACCUGUCACUCAACGACGCCUACGACUUUGUCAAGAGGAAAAAGUCCAACAUCUCGCCCAACUUCAACUUCAUGGGGCAGCUGCUGGACUUUGAGCGGACGCUGGGGCUAAGCAGCCCAUGUGACAACCACGCGCCCAGUGAGCAGCUCUACUUCUCCACGCCCGCCAACCACAACCUGUUCCCACUCAACACGCUGGAGUCCACGUGAGGCCUGGUGCACGGGGGGCAUGGCACCAGGCCCCUUCUCGGCCCUCCGUGGGGCCAGGUGGAAGAGCCCAAGCCUGCCGCCUCUGGCCUGAGGAACCCCCAGGAUGUCGCCUGUGCCCAGAGGCCCAGGCUGAUCGGUGUGUCGGAGCGCCCCUCACCAUCCUUGGGGGCGGGGUCCGCAGGCAAGAUCUCCCUCUGCAGGGCUUGCUGGAGAGGCCUCGGCUCUCAGACACGUGGCUUUGGGCGUCCACCAGGGCCUCAUGUUGUCCCAGGACGCUCCUUUCUGCUGAUGGCCCAGCCAGUUUGGCUGUUUUUUAAAGACACAUCCACGGACCUGAGUUUACUUUUUACUUUUGGCAGGUAAAUCCAAGCUCCCUGGAGCACAAAGAGUGUUUGAGCUCUUCUUGAUUUUUCUUUUCUUUUUUUUUUAACAAAAAAGUGUUAUUUUCAGGCUACAUGCAACAGUGGAUUGUAUAACCCAGUAUUUCAUCCCCUUCUUGAUCCUGCGAGAGAGAGAAGUGUUCUCAGUUUUGUUUUUCGUUCAGUUUCAAAAAGCAAGUAUCGUGUUUGUUUUUUAAUGGAAAAGACAGACCCCCACGUUGACCUUGACCAAAUGCGUUUUGCACAUGUGUGAAGCCUCUGUUUCCUCAGCGGGCCCUUCUUGAAGGGGUGGCUUACUGCUCUUCAGGUAUCGGGACCCCCAGUCGUGCCACCUCCCACCCUUGGCCCAGUCUGACUUGGCCCUGCAUUUGCCUGUGAUGACUGCUGCAAGUUCUGAUUGGUGGGCUGGAUGGUGGUCUUUGCAUUUUCUGCCCUCUCAUCCAUCCCUCUGGUGGUCCCUGCAGACCUCCCUGAGGCAGAAGGUGGGGAACCUGGGGCUAUGCCACUGUCCCACUGGAGGUGGGCCGCAGGGGGCUGCCAGGCAGUAGCAUUGCCCUCUGGGCUCAGCCUCUAAGAGGGCCUGGGCUCUGAGCCCUUCUGUAUACUUAGCUACUACUCCUGUCUGUCUGUCUGGCGCUGUCUCUCUCUCUCUCUCUUUCUCUCUCUCUCUCUUUUUCUUUCUCCCCCCCUCCCUCCUCUCUUGUAACUGGGAGUGGAGGCCCAGUGGCUGGGGAGAGCUCAGGUGGUGGGGCCCAGCCCUCCCUCCAGGUUCUUCCCUCUCCCUAGCUGUCGCUUUGGUCUGGCUGCCACUCCCAGCCCCUUUGUCCUCGUGGAAGCUUGCCCCGCCCUCAUCUUGCCCAUGCCUUCUACUGCCAGGAGACUUGCACCCAUUUCAACCCUCAGGCAGGGGCAAGUGGGGCAAGGAUGGACCAGCAGAAGAGGGGUGAGGCUCUGUCCACCUCCCCCGCCUCCACAGAACAAAGCCACGGAUUCCGUUAUCUUCCUCCAGUUUUGUUCCUUCUCCAGCCUCAGUUCUACCAGGUGUCAGGACUGCAUGGGGGCCUGGGGCAGGGAGAGCGAUCGGGCCAGGGUCCCUGACAGAGCAGCACUCAGCAUGUGAGUGAGGCCGCGGAAACUCUGCCCCACUGCUUCUUACCUCACAGGGGUGGUUUUCAGGGAUUCUUUAGGGCAGUAGAUUAAAAUCUUGCCACAGUUGAGAAAUUGACAACAAGCUUCCAUGCUGUACAUGGUUCUUUUUCUCUCUUUUAUUUUUAAAAAGAAAACCCAGAAAGAUGCACCAGGUUUGUGUAAAUGAGGGUGUGCCAGAAGGUGGCCAGUUUUGCUUUAUGAUCUUAUGAAGGAAGAUUUGUGACCCUACAUAUAUAUAUAUAUACACACACAUACAUAUAUAUAUCCCGAACCAGCAACGGGACUUUGUUUAUAUUGCAAAUAAAUAUUAUUUUUUCUUUAAAA